AAAUAAUCCUUUUUUCUUAAAUGGCUAAAUGGCGGAUCUCAAAAUUCUUUAACAAAAGCGAGUUGAUAUUUUCUGUGAAUAAAACAACGCAAGUGAAUUUAUUAAUAUGGAGAUUACGCGCACCACCUUAGGAAUUGCAGUUGGACUAGCUGGUACCUUGUUCCUUGGAUAUUGUGUGUACUUUGACCAACAACGUCGCAAGGAUCCUCUGUUCAAAAAGAAGUUGAGAGAACGCAGACAGAAAGCCCAACAGAAUGCAACCCGGUCACGCAAUCUUGGAGGUCCACUACCCGACAUGAGCGAUCAUGAGGCUAUGCAAAGGUUCUUCCUGCAACAGAUCCACCUGGGUGAGGAGUUGCUAGCCGCUGGUGACUUUGAGGCUGGAGUGGAGCACCUCGGCCAAGCUCUUGCCGUCUGCGGCCAGACCCAACAGCUAUUGAGUGUGCUGCAGCAGACGAUGCCAGCGCCCAUCUUCCACCUGCUGCUGAAGAGGCUGCCCGAGGUGUCGGAGCGGCUCCGAGCCUCCAUGAAGGCCAGCGGCAAGAUGCUGCAGGAGGAGGACGUCGAGUAAACAGCCCCCGCACAAGACGAGAGAAUAUUUUCAUAAUAUAUCUACAAUAUCUCGCUAAUCAUGGAAACCUCCAUCUUUGGUCGAUAGAUAACGCAACGUUGACGUAAGGCCUAGUGACUUCCAUUUACUCAUUUAAUUUAAUAUAGGUCCUUCUUUCUAAACGAAUAUAAUCUUUCGCAAUUAAUGCCGUUAUUUAAGAAAUUUAAAGUAAUAAGUUUGAUUAAUUAAUAAUAAUGACACUUAUUAACGCCUUACGUCAAUGUGGCUAUAGUUUGUAACAUUCAAGUAAUUUGUAACUUUCCUCUGACCGUAGUCUCGGAGUUGUCGCCGAAUUAUAUCCGUGAACAGCGACCGACCGUUUAGUGGCGAUGUAUCGAAUACCGCGUCGACACUUAGAACAUACAACAAGCAUCUGCUUUGUAGACAGUUAAGUUAUUUAUAAAAAGUCCCAUCAAAGAAACUAUUGUUAUGAUUUUUUCACCUUAGAGUAAAUUGCCUUUCGACUUGCAAAGCCUUAAAUUUUCCAAGUGCAUGCAUUGGGCUGUGAUACAAAAUGUGCUUGAAAUCGAUCCGCCAUUUGAUCGAGUGUUAACUUUGCAAAUGGGAAGUGUAGCGUGGAGUAAUGCAAGUUCAAUAAUAAUGUAGGUAUUUGUUAGUGUUAUUUAGGUUUUGUUUUGUGUUCACAACUGGUUAAGGAUGCUUGUGAGUUUUGAUUGAGAUUUUAUUUGAAAUAAAAGUAUUGUACAAAUA